CUUCUAUAACUUCGCAUCUUCAUCCAUUCCAUUAGUCUGUGGAACAAAGCUUCAUUGAUCUUCACAGUUCGGACUGCAUCUUGUUUGAGCAACUUUGUGGUGCGAGAUAUAUUCAUUGGGUAUACGACAGAGGUGGAAUAUAUACACAAGAAGUAUAGGACACAGAAUCCAGAGUGACUUAUUAUGAUACGGUGUGGGAGACUAGCCGUGGAAGGAGAAGAAGAGGUGAUUGCCGUUUCGCCCAAGAUCUCCAAACCCCGACAGAGGGUUGGAAAGUCGUCCAACAAUCCCUAUUCAUCCAGAGGCCUUGAUAAAUUUGCCAAGCUGAAUGAUGAGCUGUCUGCAAAACGGGAGUUUUAUGCCAGCAAGACAAGUACCCCUGAGGAAUUGGUGAGAUUUGCUCAUUCCAGCAGAGGGUGGAUGCCUGUGGUGUUCAAAAAUGGUGGUCAUGCUGGCCCUAAUGGGGUUUCGAUCCUGCCACCCAUCAGACCAGAUGAGCACAAGGAAAGCAAGAAUAGGAGUGAUGGGAAUGAUAUUGGUGAAGGCGAGAUUAAUGGAUUCGCUCAUUCCAGCAGAGAAUGGACGCCUGUAGAGUUAAAAAAUGGUGGUCACGGUGGCUCUGAUGGGGUUUUAAUCCUGCCACCCAUCAGAACAAAAAAGGACAAGAAAAGCAAGAAUAGGAGUGAUGGAAAUAGGGGAUAUGGGAAUGAUAUUGGGGAAGGUGAGAUUAAUGGGUCUGCAAAGAAGGGAAAGAGUGUGUCUGUGAUCAUCCUGCCAUGGUGGUCUGUAUAUCUGAAGACAGCUGUCUUUGGGGUGUUGGGUCUGAGUAUCAUUUUGGCCAGAAAGUCUGCACUGCGUGCUGCAGCCAUGGCAGCUGUGAUUGUGGUGGGUUAUCUGCAGAUGUGGCUGCAGGGAUUUGUCACAUUGGUUUCAAUUUUCUCAAAGCCUUUUCUAUACUGCAGGGGAGACAAAAGGUCUGCCAAGGGGAUAGUACAAGCACCUCCAGAGAAUAAGGUGGCUGGUGAAUGUGGGUCUGAAGGUGAGACUUUGAUUUCCUUGACUGCACCCUGUAGCCCAACUGUGUUUUACAAGGACAGUAGAAGCCAGGAACACAUCAACCAACUGGAGAGUGAGAAGCUCUAUAAUGAGAAGAAUAAGCUUGAAAGGACUGUGUCUAUGGCUGGUCGAGCUGCAAAGAAGCCCAUCAGAUUACAGGAGGCAGAGAUUUUUCUGAAGAGAAGGAAGGCAAGCAGUGGUGCCAUUGAUGCCACUGCUAUUGCUACUGUCAUGAUUAUUGUUCUCUUCUUUCUGGUUUUCUAUGGCAGACUUCCUGCAAUCUGCUUCGCAUCUGCUUGGUGGUAUGUGCUGCCCAAGUUUAGAACGAAUGGGUCUAAUGCUCCUCCCAAUGGCAGGGUGAACAUGGAUCUCCAAUCCAGAGAACACAGGAAGAAGAUCCACCGCUGACCCAUUGCUUGACAAAAACAAUGGCAAGGCAAUAUGAGGUUAAUUUUUCUGUCAUAAAAUGUAAAUGUGUCAUGUAUAUUCUUUGGUUAUAACUUAAGAAGAUUGCCAGGAAACAAAGGUUUUCUGAAAUUCCAUCCUGUGAUUUGAUUAUUCUGAAAUUCAAUCCUGUGGUGAGAUCAAAUGCAUGUUCUGCAUCAAAUACAAAACAUUUUAUUUGUUUUAU